GGUGAUAAAAGGGAGCGGAGGAGCCGCGAUUCCCUCAGGAGGCUGCGGGGCUCGUGAUGGGGCAGAUAUUCGCGAAACUCUUGAGCAUUUUCGGAAGCCGCGAGCAUAAAGUGAUCAUUAUUGGCUUGGACAAUGCUGGAAAAACCACCAUCCUCUAUCAGUUCCUAAUGAAUGAGGUUGUACACACAUCACCUACCAUUGGCAGCAAUGUAGAAGAAGUUGUCCUGCGGAAGACACACUUUCUGAUGUGGGACAUUGGUGGGCAGGAGACCUUGAGGUCUACUUGGAACACCUACUAUUCCAAUACAGAGUUUGUCAUUCUUGUGAUCGAUAGCACGGACCGCGAGCGGCUGACAAUGACGAAAGAGGAGCUAUACAAGAUGCUCGCUCAUGAGGACCUACGUAAUGCAGCUGUGUUGAUAUUUGCCAACAAGCAAGAUAUCAAGAACUCCAUGUCUACCUCUGAGAUCUCCAAGUUCCUCACCCUGAGCUCCAUCAAAGACCAUCCCUGGCAUAUUCAAGGGUGCUGUGCACUCACAGGAGAAGGCCUUCCAGCUGGUUUGGAAUGGAUGAUAUCUCGAGUUGCUGCCAAGUGAUGUCACCCAAAGCCAUUGUACAAAAAGGAAUUUUUU